GGUGUGUGGUGUUCAGGCCAGUCUUAUAACUGCCGGUCUGUAACUUAUCAGACAAGUUACUCUGAGCUGCUACCUAUCAAGGAGAUACAUGUCUGUUAAUUUUCCAUCGUGCUCUGGAUUGUUUCUGUAUAAUGUUAGCGCUUCUCCUUGUUCUCUCUAGCAGGAUGUUUCCAGGAUCUAAGGUUAAAUAUCUGUUUCUCACAGUUGGUGUCGAGUGUAGGCCCGUUUCUCUUCCUGUGACAAAUAUAACUACAAUAUUAGCAUAAUUGUUCAAAAGUAUUACAUAAUUCUUUAAGAAAUUAUACAGAUUUUUGACAAGUCCCAACACUGUUUUAAGAGAAAGUUCUGUACAAGAAAGGUAGGUCCCUUUUAAUAUUAGGGUGCACUUGUAAAUUCAACUCUGGCUAGCUACUCUGAUUUCUGCGCACUCUCGUCUGAGUGUGCCAGAGUGCAGAAUAUCUGAUGAAUUUAUGAACGCUCAACACCUGUUGAAUAUGACUGGUGUCAGUAGAAUUGCAAUUAAAUUGUUCCCAGUAGCACAGUUCGUCACUAACAAUCUAGAUAACAUGAAAAUAGACUAACCAGAUCUACUAAGGAGAAUAAAAUAGAGUGCGGUGUUCUCUCAUUUGUGUCUGGAAGUAGCUAGCGAGCUAGCCAGCUUUAGCCAAUUACCUUGGGCACUUGACUGUCGUGAGGUCAAUGCUUGGAUCAACCCUAUUCCUCGGCCAGAGCGCCCAGUUUGUGCUCCGAAACGCUCAAUUUACGAACAGACAAUCUGACAACCCUCAAUUUACCAACGACCCAGAGAGCACUCUGACACACUGUAGGCAAUUUAAAUGUACGAUCGCACCCGUAGGAAAUCUCGUCUCCUCAGUAUGAUGAGUCUUCUCAGACAGUGUGUAACAGUUGUGCUGCUGUGGAUCAGCGGGUGGUUGAAGUAUGCUUUAGAGAGGGUGUUGCGAACGCCCUUCUCAGUGCCACACACCUGGCUGACAUCAGGUGACUCAGGUGAAGGACAGGGUGUCAGAGGAGUGGCAGACCAAUGAGGCAUAUCAUACCUAUGACCAUGGAGCGGAACCAUGGUUACAGUGCAGACCAGCACACAUACCUUCCACGUAAGCCUGGGUCGUCUGUCUGACUGUAAUGAGUACUUCAGAGCCAUGCCCCAGCCCAGUAUGAGAGAGACCUCAGAGAGCCUGAAUCUCCUGGACCACAUUCCCUUCUCAGUCUUCCACUCCCUUCUAGAAUUCUGCUUCUGGAAUGACUUCAGCGUUCCUCAGGAGGAGCUGGGAGAACACAUCUAAGUGGGCAGCUGGCUGAGACCUUGGUGUCGCAGUGCCUUUUGGCCCUGUCAGGUGUUCUAACCCCAGACACCUGCCUGUCCUACCUGGCUCUAGCCCGGGACAUCUGCUGUACUGAGCUGGAGACGACUGUGUUCUUCUACCUCAGCAGGCACCUGCUGGAGCUGCCUCACCUCACCAGGUGUCUGCCGGCUGAAGGCAUGGCUGAACUGACCUCUCUUGAGGUAGCAGGGUGAGCUCUGGCUCUGCAGCAUGAGGAAGGAGAACCUGAACUCCUGGACCCAGAAGCCGGCCGCCACCUCUUCACCCUGGAUGGGUCAGAGGUCACCGGUGACUGGCAUCCAAUAACAGAGCUCCUCUUCAUGGCUGAUAAGUGGUGCUUCACUGUAGUGAUUCUAUUCAACUACAUCUACCUCAUUGGGGGCUACAGGCAAUGGGCCAAGAGGGUCUGGGAGUUUAAAAUGGCCUUCUUUAGGUACAACCCCUUCAUAGCAUGCAAUGGCCACAUCAAGAUUGUGGCUCUACAAAUGUCUACCUUUUGCCUACACACAAGUACAUUUUUUAUACAAAAAGCAUUACAAGAAUAUUGAUGUCUUGAUUUUGUCCAAAGUAACAAUAAUUCAAAUCAGGUAAAUUGAUAAAACACAUGUUCUUUAACCUCAAUGUCAACUUGUUUGGACAUCACAUUGUGGUUUUUAGCUGUAUGCAUGAUGUAUUUUGGAUGUUUUCGUUCUAUUUUCAACACUUUCAGACAAUGCGAUUAAUCACGAUAACAAAAAAAUGUGUGCACUAAAAUUGCAAAUAGUGAACUCGAGUUGAACUAACUCUGUCCAACCAUAGGUGUGUGUGUGUGCUCCACUGCAGGUUUGUUGUCUCCUUUCUGCCUCUGACUUUCAGUUCACCCUGUUCCUGUCCCAUGACCUCCCUCUGGCCACAAGCCUGGGCCCCUGUCUCUAUGUCCUGGGGAACAUCCAGAGGACUGGAGAAAAGCUGCCACUACAGUAUGACUCCAGGCAAGGUCAAACAGUCUUGUCUCAGAAUUGUGGUCUGAGCUGCUCCCUACCCUAACCAAAGCCACUGUUGACCUUCCCAGUCUCUACUUCCUGGGCUGUUUGUGAUUGGAGGAAAUAACUCAGAGAGUUAUUGGUCCUAGGUGAAAGGGGCUGAGAAGGGUCUUCAACGUCACCGGGAUGGCGGAGGCACAUCAGGCGGUUGGCUUCCAGUUCACCGUCACCCCAGAUGGCAUCGACCUCCACCUGAGCCGCGAGGUACUCAAACACAUCUACCUGUCAGGAGUGACAUCAUGGAUAAAGCGGGCCAUAAGAUUUAAGAAUGGGAUAUUGACAGGAGUCUACCCUGCCAGCCCAUCCAGUUGGCUGAUUGCUGUGAUAGCCAUCAUGAGCACCAUGUAUGCCAGGAUAGACCCAUCACUGGGAAUGAUAGAUACCAUCAAGAGGACCCUGCCUGUCAGUGACUACAUGACAGUGCAGACCCAGACAGUGCUGAGUGCAAUCCUGUUUGCCACGGGCCUGUGGCUCUCUCUCAUCCUCAUGCUGAGGUACAUUCUCAAGGCCCUUCUCUCCUACCACGCCUGGAUCUUUGAGUCCCACGGCAAAAUGAGCUUCUGCACCAAACUCUGGCUGAGUCUGGUCAAGAUGUUCUCUGGGCGCAGACCUCUCCUCUACAGCUUCCAGGCCUCCCUACCCAGACUACCUGUGCCUAGCGUGGACGACACCAUAACCAGGUACCUGGAGUCAGUGCGCCCCCUGCUGGAUGAUGAGCAGUACAACCAGAUGGAGGUGGUGGCCAAUGACUUCAAGAGAGAUGAGGCACCCAAACUCCAGAAAUACCUCAUCCUCAAAUCCUGGUGGGCUACUAACUACGUGAGUGAUUGGUGGGAGGAGUACAUCUACCUGAGAGGCAGGAGUCCCAUCAUGGUCAACAGUAACUUCUACGCCAUGGAUCUGCUGUACGUGAUUCCCACACACAGACAGGCAGCUCGGGCAGGGAAUGUGGUUCACGCUAUGCUGCAGUACCGACGCAAACUAGAGAGAGGAGAACAUGCACCGUUGAGGGCUCUGGGGGUGGUGCCCAUGUGUUCCUAUCAAAUGGAGAGGAUGUUCAACACCACACGUAUCCCUGGCAUAGAGACAGACUUUGUUCAGCACCUUAGUGACCGGAAGCACCUGGUGGUGUACCAUAAGGGACGCUUCUUUAAGGUGUGGCUGUACUACGGGGGGCGUCACCUCUGGCCCUCUGAGCUGGAGACUCAGUUCCAGAGGAUCCUCGACGACACCACGGAGCCACAGCCUGGGGAACUCAAACUGGCUGCCCUCACAGCCGGCAACAGAGUUCCUUGGGCGCGGUCUCGUCUGAAGUACUUCAGUCAGGGUGUUAACAAAGCCUCUCUGGAGGCCAUCGAGACGUCAGCCUUCUUCCUCACCCUUGACGACGAGGCACACGGUUACGACCCUGACAAGCUGAGAUCAUUGGACCUGUACGCCAAGUCCCUGCUGCACGGGAAGUGUUAUGACAGGUGGUUUGACAAAUCCUUCACCCUGAUCGCUUAUAAGAAUGGUAAACUAGGGGUCAAUGCAGAACACUCGUGGGCAGACGCUCCCAUUGUGGGACACAUGUGGGAGUACGUCCUAGCAACAGACUGCUUCCAUCUGGGUUACACAGAGGAGGGACACUGCAAAGGAGACAUCAACAAGGGCCUGCCUCCCACCGCCAAACUACAAUGGGACAUUCCAUUGGAGUGCCAGGAGGUCAUUGAGGAUUCCUACAUGGUUGCCAAGGAGAUAGCUGAUGACGUGGACUUCCAUGGCUGUCUGUUUGAUGAGUUUGGGAAAGGCCUGAUCAAGAAGAGUAGGACCAGUCCUGAUGCCUUCAUACAGCUAGCACUGCAGCUGGCUCAAUUCAGGGAUAAGGGGGAGUUCUGUCUGACGUAUGAGGCCUCGAUGACCCGGAUGUUCCGUGAGGGUAGGACAGAGACGGUUCGCUCCUGCACCAUAGAGUCCACAGCCUUUGUCAGAGCCAUGCAAGACAAGAACACUAAGAGUGCCCAGAGGUUGGACCUCUUCCGGAAGGCUGCAGACAAACACCAGAAUAUGUAUCGUCUGGCCAUGACAGGCUCUGGCAUCGACAGACACCUCUUCUGUCUUUACAUCAUGUCCAAGUACCUCAACAUCGACUCACCAUUCCUCAAACAGGUGUUGUCAGAGCCCUGGAGGUUGUCCACUAGUCAGACUCCUCAACAGCAGCUCAACAUGGUCGACAUCAACAAGUUCCCAAGAUACGUGGGUGCAGGAGGGGGGUUUGGCCCUGUGGCUGAUGACGGCUAUGGUGUCUCUUACAUCAUUGUUGGAGAGAACCUCAUCACAUUCCACAUCUCCAGCAAGUUCUCCAGCCCCGAGACGGACUCGUACCGCUUUGGACAAAACAUUCGACAGGCCAUGCUGGACAUUCGUGCGCUAUUCGACCAAAACGACAAGAAAGAGAUGUGAUGAGUAGACAAGCUGAAAGGUCUUUAUAGACUUCAUACCACAUUUUCAUGCUCUGUGACAUUACAUUAUUUCCAAAAUGGCUAGUCUCUUCUGGGUAAUGCCUUCAGAAUGGGUCAAGUUAUAGAUAUUUUGGAUAUUUACUCAGUUAGCAGGAGGGAACUGUUUUGUAGAAAUAAAUAUUUAAUAAAGCAUUAUGACUUUAUUUCGCACUAUCCCUUCUAUAAAAUGGCAGUGAAUUUUUAACAUAGUAUUGAACCAAUUUUGGCAAGAGCAAUGAAGCACAAAAUGCCUUGGUAGCCUUAAAGAACAUUGAUUCAUAUGAUAUAGUAAUGUAGGUUAAGGAUAGGCAAGGCAUCUGUUUAGUUCAAAGGCAGUUGUAUUUGCAUCUGAUUGUAAUACGUGUACACUUGUAAAUAGCACUGUUUUUAGUAUUUAAGUGUUGUAAUAUAUAAGGUAGUAUAUCUGAAACUGUUAUCUGAAUCGUAUGUACAGUUGAAGUCGAAAGUUUACAUACACUUCUGUUGGAGUCAUUAAAACUCGUUUAUCAACCACGCCACAAAUUUCUUGUUAACAAACUAUAGUUUUGGCAAGUAAUUUUUCCAACAAUUGUUUACAGAUUAUUUUACUUAUAACUCACUAUCACAAUUCCAGUGGGUCAGAAGUUUACAUACACUAUGUUGAAUGUGCCUUUAAACAGCUUGGAAAAUUCCAGAAAAGUAUGUCAUGGCUUUAGAAGCUUGUGAUAGGCUAAUUGACAUAAUUUGAGUCAAUUGGAGGUGUACCUGUGGAUGUAUUUCAAGGCCUACCUUCAAACUCAGUGCCUCUUUGCUUGACAUCAUGGGAAAAUCAAAUGAAAUCAGCCAAGACAAGCAAUUUCCAAACGCCUGAAGGUACCACGUUCAUCUGUACAAACAAUAGUAAGCAAGUAUAAACACCAUGGGACCACGCAGCCAUCAUACCCGCUCAGGAAGGAGAUGCACUCCUAGAGAUGAACAUUUGUUUGUGCGAAAAGUGCAAAUCAAUCCCAAAACAACAGCAAAGGACCGUGUGAAGAUUCUGGAGGAAACAGGUACAAAAGUAUCUAUAUCCACAGUAAAACUAGUCCUAUAUCGACAUAACCUGAAAGGCCGCUCAGCAAGGAAGAAGCUACUGCUCCAAAACCGCCAUAAAAAGAGCCAGACUAUGGUUUGCAACUGCACAUGGGGACAAAGAUCGUAUUUUUUGGAUUAAUGUCCUCUGGUCUGAUGAAACAAAUAUAGAACUGUUUGGCCAUAAUGACCAUCGUUAUGCUUGGAGGGAAAAGGGGGAGGCUUGCAAGCCAAAGAACACCAUCUCAACCGUGAAGCACGGGGGUGGCAGCAUCAUGUUGUGGGGGUGCUUUGCUGCAGGAGGGACUGGUGCACUUCACAAAAUAGAUGGCAUCAUGAGGGAGGAAGAUUAUGUGUAUAUAUUGAUGCAACAGCUCAAGACAUCAGUCAGGAAGUUAAAGCUUAGUCACAAAUGGGUCUUACAAAUGGACAAUGACCCCAAGCAUACUUCCAAGUAAAAUGGCUUAAGGACAACAAAGUCCUUAAGCCACCCAACUUAUUGUGGGAAGCUUGUGGAAGGCUACCUGAAACUUUUGCCCAAAGUUAAACAAUUUAAAGGCAAUGCUACCAAAUACUAAUUGAGUCUAAACUUCUGACCCACUGGGAAUGUGAUGAAAGAAAUAAAAGCUGAAAUAAUAGUUCUCUAUUAUUAUUCUGACAUUUCACAUUCUUAAAAUAAAGUGAUCCUAACUGACCUAAGACAGGGAAUUUUUAUUAGGAUUAAAUGUCAGGAAUUGUGAAAAACUGAGUUUAAAUGUAUUUGGCUAAGGUGUAUGUAAACUUAAUUCAACUGUAUCAGGUCAAACAACUGUAUGUGUUUAGAGUGUAUUAUAAUAAAGGAUAUGUUGAUUGUU